GACGUAUGUACAUGAGAUUUUGAAGCAAGAAAAUGAGUAUUGUUCCUAAAGAAAAUGUUGAGGUCAUUGCGCAAUGUAUUGGGAUCAAUAACUUGUCCCCAGAUGUCGCAUUGGCAGUUGCUCCUGAUGUGGAGUAUCGUUUGCGGGAGAUCAUGCAGGAGGCCAUCAAAUGUAUGCGUCACUCCAAGAGAACUACGUUGACAGCCGAUGAUGUUGAUGGUGCACUAAACCUGAGAAAUGUGGAGCCAAUGUAUGGCUUUGCAUCUGGAGGCCCCUUGAGAUUUAAAAGAGCUAUUGGACAUAGGGAUCUGUUUUACCUUGAGGACAAGGACCUGGAAUUUAAAGAUGUCAUUGAUGCCCCAUUGCCAAAAGCUCCUCUUGAUACUGCAGUUUUUUGCCACUGGCUAGCGAUUGAAGGUGUACAGCCUGCAAUACCAGAAAAUGCUCCUGUAGAAGUAAUUUUACCACCUUCUGAUGUCAAAAUUAAUGAACAAAAGGAGGGGCUUCCUGUUGACAUUAAAUUACCAGUUAAGCAUAUACUGUCCAAGGAGCUUCAGCUAUAUUUUGACAAAAUCACGGAGCUUGUUGUUAGUAGGUCUAAUUCAGUUCUUUUUAAGAAGGCAUUAGUGAGUUUAUCUACGGACUCAGGACUUCACCCAUUGGUUCCUUAUUUUACAUGCUUUAUAGCUGAUGAGGUUGCACGUGGACUGGGUGAUUAUUCCCUUCUUUUUGCUUUAAUGCGUGUUGUUUGGAGUCUUCUUCAGAAUCCUCACAUCCACAUCGAACCUUAUCUACACCAAAUGAUGCCAUCUGUUGUGACCUGCCUCGUCGCAAAAAGGUUAGGGAAUAGGCUUUCAGACAACCACUGGGAACUUAGAGACUUCACAGCAAAAGUGGUUGCUCUAAUCUGUAAAAGGUUCGGUCAUGUUUACAACACUCUGCAGACAAAGCUCACAAAAACUCUUCUCAAUGCAUUUUUAGACCCAAAACGGUCUCUGACUCAACAUUAUGGUGCAGUUCAAGGCUUAGCAGCCUUGGGGAUGAAUGUGGUUCACCUCCUUGUACUACCAAAUCUUGAGCCAUAUCUGAGAUUUUUGGAACCUGAGAUGCUUCUUGCUAGUCAAAAGAAUGAGAUGAAACGGCAUGAAGUUUGGCGUGUUUAUGGAGCCUUGCUACGAGCGGUCGGUCAAUACAUAUACGAUCGUGUCAAGAUUUUUCCUCCUCUGCCUAGUACGCUUGCGGGUUCUGUCCUUCGGACGAAUGCAAAAGUUAUCACCACUACAUUCUCAAACAAGCGCAAGUCGAAUGCAGACCAGUUAGAAGGGCAGCCUCCCCUCAAGAAGAUGGUAAUCGAUGGCCCGAUGGGUGUCACGCCAACUAAUUCAUCGGCAUCAUACAUGGAAGGAACAGUUAUUCCAGCUGCCUCUGGCAAUUCCAAUCUGAUUUCGCCUACAUCUUCUCGACCGACGCAAGACGAAAUGAUUUCAGGCAGCACUAGUAGUAAGGGCAAGCGUGACGAUCAAAUUCUUAAAAGGUCAGCUGUCCUAUCUCAAGUCUGGAAAGAGGAUCUUAAUUCUGGAAAGUUGUUAACGUCUAUGUUAGAUUUGUUUGGUGAAAGUAUGUUCUGCUUCAUUCCAUCUCCUGAAUUGUCCCUGUUCUUGUAGUAACUAUCAUCUAUUUGCAAGUAGAAAAUACAGUUCGUGUUGCGGUAGAAUUACGUGUAAGCUAACGGCUAUAUAUAUACGUUUUUUGGAAUCUA